CAUCUGGUAAUAGUGGUAAGCCAACAACAUGGCGAACCCGAGGAAAUUUAGCGAGAAAAUUGCCCUUCACAAUCAAAAACAGGCAGAGGAAACAGCGGCAUUUGAACAAAUUAUGAAAGAAGUGUCGAACGUCGCUAGGGCUCACUAUCAGAAGUCGCACCAUCUACAACUACAAAGUCUUGGCGCCUACCGUGGUGGAUCUUUACCGAAUGUCAAUCAGAUUGGUUCAAACGCUAUAGAUUUACAGAGUGCUUUACAAGGACUGGAAGACAUGAAAUCAGGACGUGCCAGUCUGAUUGAUCGUGUGCCACGUCGGGUAACGACGCAUCGACGAGCAGAUGCGUCUCCCUAUGGACACUACUUGUCACCACCACCAGACACAAACUGGAGAAGUAUGUGGUUACACAAUUGUCAUGAUCUAGAACCCAAGUUGCUUGCAAUAAGGACAAAUUCUGAUUCAGCAUUACAUACGAGCGCAAUGAAUCCUAAUCCUACUGAAGCAUUCCAUGGCGCCAACACAGCAGCUGCAAUACAAGCUGCUCACAGAAGAGGUGACAUGCUUGAUGGCGCCGGUGACAGAAAUUUUCCAAAAACGUUUUGGGAUCCAAAAAAGCAAUCACAAACCAGGCCAAAAUCAUGUGAAGUUCCAGGAAUUAAUAUAUACCCAUCAGAUCAAGACUCUGGUGUGCAUAUUCCUAUAUCAAACAACACUGGUUCACUGCCAGAUUUAACCAAUCUACACUUUCCAUCACCGUUGGCAACGCCUCUGGAUGUGGAAGAUCACCAGAACGCUUCAAGUAAUCUUGUCAACACAUCUAAUCAAGGUCAUCAUUUGAAUAUAGUUCAGCAGCAGCCUCCUGCUGCUCCUACACCGGCUUCACCACCGGCGCAAGAACAUAGUCCACAAACGCAGAGGCGUAGACAUCCACAUUCACAUGCGCCACCAAGUCCACUAUCAUUAACUAAUCAAAGAAGGCGUCCUGUUCAGCAGGGUGUUGUUAGCAUAGAAACUAGUGGAGAAGCGAGGUUACCACAGUAUCCAAUGUAUCAACAACAACAACAACAGCCGCAACAACAACAACAACAACAACAGCAGCAGCAGCAUCAACAACAACAACAGCAGCAACAACAACAACAGCAACAGCAGCAACAACAACAACAUCAUCAACAUCCACAACAGACACAAGGUCAACCAUCACAACAUCCUCCACAUAGUCUUACAAUUGAAAUUUCACAGGCUGCUGCACUCAACCAAUACAGAGACAACAGCACUAAUGCUACUUCGUGUUCGUCACCCACAUCGCCAGUUUCCAAUCCCAACUACUCGCCAUCUCAGUCACCGUCAACCAAUAACACCCCUUUCAUUAACUCUCCUUUUGCUGACGCUUACUACCUUCAACAGCAACAAACCAAUGCUCUUCAGCACCAAUUUGAACAGUUUAAUAUGAUGCCUGAUAUCCCGCAUACAUCCCCUAAUUCUACUCAAGUUACAGUUUCGCUGCCAUAUCAGUGCGUAAGUACAGAUAGUUGGAUUUUGAACUGCGGGGAUCAGCCUGGUCAGCCAACAAUAGAUGUGGAUAUGAUGUAUGGAACUCAGGCAACCACAUUCCCAUCACAUCUCCAACAUCAACAACAACAACAUUCUCAUAAACAACAACAACAACAACAUCGCCAACAACAACAACAACAGCAGCAGCAACAACAUCAUCAACAGCAGCAUCACUCAAAACAGAAGCAUCAGCAAGUACCAUCGUCACAGAGCAGUAGUAUACCAGAUAUAAUUUUAACCGGUGCAGGUGAGUCGCCGCCUCGUCAAGAUUUUGCGAAAGAUAUAAGCAGCGCAAUGGUUGGUAUGGCAGGCGGCUUUGACAGUGACCCAUUAUUUCCUGGUGAAGAAGCUUUGAAAGUAGGCUUGGACCCUUUAGAUUUAGAUGGAUUACAGAUGCUCUCUGAUAACGAUGUAAUUACCGAUCCCGCUACGGAAGACUCAUUUAGGCUUGAUAGACUGUAGCUGGCAUAUUGAUUUUUAAUACCACUUUGUAUUUGUUAUAAUAAUAAUAAUAAUAAUAAUGAUGAUAAUAAUUAAAUAGAUGGAAUGUAGUAUGUGAGUUUACAUUCUUUGAUGUUUAUGUUAUUAUUCUAAAUAGGAACUGUGUACAGACUACUACUAAAUAGUCAAUUUCUUUUUAAACCCAUUUAGUCAUAUGAGUGGGUAAAUUUUUUUAUUCCUGUUAUUAUUUUGUAUUUGGUCUUUUGCUAAAAGAGUACAAUGUGCUGGUGUCCUAUUGUACAUUGUCUGACUUUAUCCGCUUGUAGAUCUUCAAAGAGAUAUUUUAUAACAAAUUUGCAUCAGAAUUGUCUGUUUUUUUUGUUUUUGUUUUGAUUUACUAUGUAAAAAAAAUUCAAUCCAUGUUUGGUAUACACUGUUGUAUACACUAUUCUCUUGGUAUUUUUUUACGACACUUAAACGUUAUCCACACACACGCAGACAUACGCACACACAGACAGAUGACUUACAAAUAUAUGAAAAAUGUAAAAAAAAUGAAAUGAACAAAAAAAAAUAGAUUUUAUGUACAUGUUGUUUAAAAGACCAAUUGUUAGAUCAGCAGCUAGCUGUGUAGGGUAGAUAUGCCAACAAUUAGGUGUGACUUAAAGUCACGUACAUUUUUCUCAAGAAAUAUGGUGAAAUCUGAAGAAACUAAGGGAUAGCUGCUGUUCCACACUAUUUUGUUACUAUGCUGUAUAUGAGCAAAAAUGUUAUUUGUAAUAAUUCUACAGAUAUCUCUUGUUAUCUGUUGGUUUUUUAUUUUAUUUUUUAAAAAAAAGCAUUCAAUUAUGUUUGUAUAGACUGGUAUCUGGUCUUGCAUUAUCAAAUUAUAAUCUCACAGUUGUAUCUGAAGUGCCAAAGCUGUGGGAUGGUUUUAACUAUUUUAUACCCCCCCCCCCCUUCCCACAAUUCAAAAUCUUCACAGUCAGCUAAUUGGGAGUACAUCCAUUCACCUUGUUCAUAUCAAUUUUUCUCAAAAUUGCUGAUUGUUUUUUUUGUUUUUUUAAAUAGUUGGAACUAAUUCUUAGCCACGUUUUUGCCACCAAAUUCUUUCUCUUAGUUGUGCAAUAUUGGCAGUGUGGUUUGGAGGAAGUUGUCGUCAAUAAAAUAUGCUGCAUAGAAAUUUAGUUAAAUAUAGAUAAAUACUAAAAAAAAAAAUUUUUUUAAACUAGAUACCAGUCUAAAAGAGAAGUAUUUAUUACUUCUUCAGUUGAAUGUUGACAAUACCGGAGUGCUAUUUAUCGCAGCAUAAUACUGUUUUUUUUGUGUUUUUUUUUUUAAUCUUUCGUUCCUUCAUACCACCUUGCGUUAUUUAUGUAUUGGUGUCAAAAAUUGCAGUCAAUCUCUGAUUGAUGGAGGUUUCUAUAGCUUGAGUAUAGAACUAAUUUGUUUUUUCUCGGUCAAUAGAAUUGUCUGAUCCAUUGGGUUGUGGACGAUGUCAGACUUAAAAAUCUUACUACCAAUUGUUUGACAACUGAACAGGUCAUAUUACCAUUGCUCAUGCUUUUCCAAAGUCUUUAAUUUAAAACCCAUUGGUGACUGCCUUGUAGAUUCUGUAAGUGUUACUAAUCACAACUUUUCAAGUAUUGUUACCUCCAUUAAACAUGCAGCACAUGUCUCCUAGUAUUGGAAAUCCUCCAGUGCUUUGUAUGUACGACAUGAUGUAGUCGUAGUGGAACGUUUCUGCUUUGGCCAAGUGCGAGGACUGCUAAGAAGGUGCUGUAGAUUAAUAUUGUUCAUUUCAACAUGCUUGUUUGCAAAAAAAAGAAUUUUGAUGAAUUGUUGUAUUUAUUUUCCCUCGUCCCCAUACAUGCUUCUGUAAGCAUGCGUAUAGUAUGGCAAAAUUGAUAAUCAAACAAACAAUAGUAUCAUAGUGAUUUCUUUAACAUAUCAACCAUGUCCUGCUCUCUCUCAGUUGGUUUUGUUUUUUAAUUCAUCCUAUUUUAAUUCUUUGAAGUGAAUUUCAUUUUAAAUUGUAUUAUUUAUAAAUAGUCAUCCCCCAAAUAACUGAAUACUAUAUACACUGAGAAGCAGGAUAUGUAUAUAUUUUAAAUAAUUUAGCCAUUUUUCAGUUGCCGGGCACUUCAUUUUUAAAGGCUUAGUCAUCAACAUCCAAUUAGAUAAGAGUACUCCUGUCUCAGUCUCCACUGUAACCAUAUAUGGAAGUGCUUAAAAUUUCUCAGCAUGCUUUGUCCAGUUAGGCUGGUCUUUUCAUUAUUUAUGCAUUCCAACUUUGUAUUUUAUGCAGAAAACACCUACUGAUUGUCAUCACCAAGAUAAAUAAUAAAAUCAGUUCGUUUGGCAACUAAUUUUGUAUUAACUGCUGGAGCUAGCCUGCAACCGAAGGUCAUGAUUCUAAUCAUCAAACCAAACUUGGUUUUCAUUGUCGCAUUUCACUUCGUGUUAGGAAAUUUACAAUUUGAUUUCAGGAUUCUGUUGAAAAUUUCUCAUGAAAUGUACACAUCUUAUAAUGCUUACAGGGGUCAAGUUUUCUACAAAUCGUACAAAAUGGGAAUGUAACUUUAUAGUAGUGCUUUAAUUACAUUUUGUACAAAAAACAACCUGAACCAUCACUGCAUGUAUCCUUCCUUCUCCCCAUUUCCUAAUGUUAUACAUGA